AAUUCUAAAAUAACGGUCGUAGGCAUAGGUGAGUGACUAAAAAUACUGAUUUUCCCACGAAAGUGGAAACUGGAAACGACGCCAAGAGUAGAAAGAAAGAAAGCAGUGGAGGAGGCAGCAAAAGAAAGCCCCCUUGUAUCUUUGUUGCCGGGCACACAAAUACUGAGCAUUGUGCUUUGCUUGUGUUUUACUGAAAAUGACUGCCUUCUUUCAGAGACUGGCUAAGGCUGCCCCAAUCGCCUUCAACAACUCAUUUGGAGGCCAAUCCAAGUCCAGCUUUCGCAUUCCCUUUGGAGCUCUCGCAGCUGUCUCUGGUGGAAUCUCCUAUCUCUGCUACUAUUCCUCGCCAGAUUUGGUUUAUCUAGAUGAGAUCAAAGAACAGGCAGGCCCAAAAGUUGCGCUUAAUCCCAACAAGUGGAUUGAAUUUAAGUUGCAAGAUACUGCAAGGGUUAGCCACAACACUCAAUUGUUCAGAUUUACAUUUGAUCCCACUGCCAAGUUGGGUUUAGAUGUUGCUUCAUGUCUCAUUACGAGGGCUCCAAUAGAACAAGAUGCAGAAGGGAAACCAAAAUAUGUCAUACGCCCGUAUACUCCUAUUUCAGAUCCAGAUUCCAAGGGAUACUUUGACUUGUUAAUUAAGGUGUAUCCAGAAGGAAAAAUGAGCCAGCAUUUUGCAAGCUUAAAACCAGGCGAUGUAGUUGAAGUGAAGGGGCCCAUUGAAAAGUUCAGAUAUACUCCCAACAUGAAGAAACACAUAGGCAUGAUUGCAGGUGGCAGUGGUAUUACUCCAAUGCUUCAGGUUAUUGAGGCUAUAAUGAAAAAUCCCGAUGACACGACUCAGGUGUCACUGCUUUAUGCUAAUGUCUCCCCAGAUGACAUAUUGCUUAAACAGAAACUUGACAUACUUGCAGCUAGCCACCCAAAUUUAAAGGUAUAUUACACAGUAGAUAAUCCAACAAAGAGUUGGAAAGGGGGAAAAGGUUACAUAUCGAAGGACAUGGCCGUUAAAGGCUUACCUGGUCCUGCUGAAGAUACUCUCAUCCUUGUAUGUGGCCCCCCUGGAUUGAUGAAACAUAUAUCUGGUGACAAGGCUAAAGACUGGUCACAAGGAGAGCUCACUGGCAUACUAAAAGAACUUGGAUACACAGAAGAAAUGGUUUACAAAUUUUGAUCGAUGAAGACCCUUUAGCAUUUCAAGCUAUCACUAGGCUUUACUUCAAAUUUGGUGUAAUAAAUUGUUUUCUUAGGAAGCAUACGCAACUUGAACUCAAAAUCUACGAUAAUAAAUUUGGGAAGAAUGCUGAAUAGGUGAUAUUUGGUUAUGAAUUUGUGAUAUUGCCUACAUGAGUUAGCUGUUAGCCCUUCAUUUUGAACAAGUUUUAUAUCAAUUAAGGCAACCCUACCGUUUGAUGGGCGUUAUCUA